GCCGCCGGGCCGCCCCAUUUCGGAUCCCGUCCAGCGUCUCACGGCGCUCGCACUCGAAAGGGCGGGAAAAUUUUCGGCGCCGCCGCGCCGCCCUCCCCUGUAUAAAAUCCCCAAUCGCCUCCGCCCUUCUUCCCGGUUCCCCAAUCCCCCAUUCCUCACCAGUCACCACUGCAGCCACCGAUCCACCACCGCCUCCCGUCGAAUGGGCCGCAAGGGCAGAAGGGCUAGGGUUUCCCGCGACGCCGACGCCGACGCCGAUGGCAGCGACGAGGAGAGGGGCGCCGCCGCCGCCGCUCCGGCCGCCACCGGGAGCAAGACCCUCUACGAGAUCCUAGGGGUUGAGAAGACCGCUUCACAACAAGAAAUAAAGAAGGCAUAUUACAAAUUAGCUCUUCGUCUUCACCCAGAUAAGAAUCCUGGGGAUGAGGAAGCCAAAGAGAAAUUUCAGCAGCUGCAGAAGGUGAUUUCCAUUCUUGGAGAUGCAGAGAAGAGGGCAUUAUAUGAUGAGACUGGCAUUGCUGAUGAUGAUGCGCUGGUUGGAGCAGCUGCGGACAAUCUUCAAGAGUACUUCAGAACAAUGUACAAGAAGGUCACUGAGGCUGACAUUGAAGAAUUUGAAGCUAAAUACAGAGGAUCUGAUUCUGAGAAAAAGGACUUGAAGGAUCUUUAUACAAAAUAUAAGGGCAACAUGAACAGGCUUUUCUGCUCAAUGAUUUGCUCAGAACCAAAGCUUGAUUCCCACCGCUUCAAGGAUAUAGUUGAUGAGGCAAUUGCUGAAGGUGAGCUGAAAUCAACUAAAGCAUAUGAGAAGUGGGCUAAAAAGAUCUCUGAGAUGGAGCCACCAACAAAUCCAUUGGAGAGGAGAGUGAAGAAAAAGAGGAAAAGUGAGGAGAACGACCUGAUCCUAGCCAUCUCGCAGCGCAGGGCGGAGCGGAAAAACCAGUUCGACUCCAUCCUCUCGUCCAUCAUGUCCAAGUGCGACCCCAACGCGAGCAGCUCGGAGCCCACCGAAGAGGAGUUUGAGCAGGCGCGGCAGAGGCUGGAGGGCAAGAGGGCCAAGAAACGCAAGUCUGAUCACCCGCCACCGCCGCUAACCACGCGCGGCCACCCUAUUCCCGGCAAUCCACACGGCCCGCCAGCUCGCCCAACCGCCGCGCCCUGGCUUCGCUCGCGGCCGCUCGCGCUCGCGCCGGGGAGCUCCUAUAAAGCGGCGCCCCGCCCUGAGGCGGCAGAAGCAAUUGAGAGAUCUCUCACGCCGAUCCCCGAGCGAGCAGCGUCUCCCAGUUCCACCCCAAUAAAAAAAAGGCUAAUAACACCACCUCUCUCCAGCGGCAAAGCAAGCGACCAGCCAGCAGCAAUGGAGAUGAAGAAGGUCCUCUGCGCCGCGCUCGUCGCCGCCGCCUCGGCUACCGCCGUCCUGGCCUCGGCCUCGGUUGGCGCUGCCACCGAGGCGCCCUCCGAGGCGCCCGCCGGCGCGGUCGGCGCGGCCGGCCCCUCCGCCAGCGGCGCCGCCGCCGCAGCCGUGCCCGCCGCCGGGGCGCUCGUCGCCUCCUUCCUCCGUAGGCUGCGUGGGGGGAGAAUGGAGUCGCAGGUGUUCUACAGGGCGCUGAUGCUCUCGGCCGUCGGCGGGCUCAGCACCGCCAUCGGUGCGCUGUUUGUGGUUUUGAAUCCUGCCCCUAACCUUAAGAUGCUUGGGCUUCUCCAGGGUUUUGCUGCUGGGCUUAUGCUGAGCAUCUCCUUUCUAGACUUGGCACACAAUGCGAUGAAUUCUAUUGGCUUCUUGAAGGGCAACCUCUGGUUUUUUGCAGGAGUUCUUUUCUUUGGUUUUAUCGUCAAAUUUAUUCCAGAGCCAGACUUUUCACCAGAAGCUGAUCCAAGUGAGAAAAAGGCUGAUGAUGGUGGCUCGGGUAAAGAUAUGAUGAGAAAACAUCGCCGGCAAGUGUUAUUCAGUGGUAUUAUCACUGCUGUUGGAAUUAGCUUGCACAAUUUUCCAGAGGGAAUGGCUGUAUUUCUUGGGUCUGUGAAGGGUCUUCAUGUGGGUCUGAACUUGGCUGUUGCUAUUGCUUUACAUAACAUACCAGAGGGGGUUGCUGUAGCUCUUCCAAUUUAUUUUGCUACCAAGAGCAAAUGGAAGGCAUUUUAUAUGGCAGCAGGAUCCGGUUUGGCCGAGCCAGUAGGAGUAAUUGCUGUAGCUUACUUGUUUCCAAGCAGCUUGAAUCCUGACAUUCUUGAAGGUUUACUUGGAUCUGUUGGUGGUGUUAUGGCUUUCCUCACUCUGCAUGAAAUGCUGCCUCUUGCAUUUGACUAUUGUGGCCAGAAGCGAGCUGUCAAAGCAGUCUUUGUGGGCAUGGCCUGCAUGUCUGCAAGCUUGUACUUCUUGGAGAUCAGCCUACCAAAGGAGAUAAGCUUGUAGCAUCACAUCUGUAGCGCCGCAAGUCCUCCACAGUGUCACAGCAGCAUCUGAAUUCUAAAGCUGAGCUUUUCAGUCAGUGUGUUCCUGGAGGAUUUCAUCCGACAAUGUGUUUAGGCAGUAGGCACUACACCAAAACAUCAGAAAGGAGCCAGGAACAAUGGCUACAUGUAUCGGAGGGGGGAAACUGCAUUUCCCCAGGAUGUAAAAACUGAAUUAGUUGCCAGACGAUUCGUGGCAACUGUAACAAUCGAAAAAUUGUAGUCCUCAGUUGGUCGACAAUGAAAGCUUCAAAAGUAUACACUCCGAUUACACUGUU